AUGUUGCAAUGCCCAGCCGCUCCUGCUGCUUACCAGCAGCCACAAGCGCAGUUUGCGCUGCCGACUCCGCCGCAGUGGCAGGCACCUCCCCUGCCGACGGCAGAUGAUCUUGGUCCCCCGCCAAAGAGACAAACAGACAAUAUGCCCACCCCAGCUUCGAUUGAGAAUCAGAAGCAGGCUUACGCAAGGGCCCUUGACCAGCAGCUCGAAUCGGGCACUCGCACGAUUAACGAGCAAAAGA